AUGAGCAUUAGAACAUUGUUGCUUAUUUCAAUCGUAGCCACGAUAGGACCGGGAAUUUUAGGAGAUCUGAUUGAAGUAACAAAUCCGUGUAUUGGAGUGCCAGACGGUUACUUUGUACGUGAUCUUGAGGACUGCAAAACCUACCAUUACUGUCGCAAUGAAACUGCUGUAACUAAUAAGUGUCCUGGAGAUUUCUACUACAACGAGCUGGAACAAUUGUGCGAUUAUCAAGAUAAAGUAAUGUGCCACAUCUGUCUGGAGAAGACGGGUGUACAGAUUCUGGCACAUCCUCAAAAUUGCAACCAAUUUAUCACCUGCUCCGACGGCGCAUCGUAUGUCGGUCAGUGUGCAGAAGGUUAUGCGUUUGAUCGGUUCACUAAGGUUUGCAAUCCGUUGGAGCGGGUCAAUUGUCAAUUGAAACACUGCCCAACGAAGGACAAUCCGAAUGAGAUCGUAUUCCUGCCAGGUGUAGAACGAUGUGACGAGUACUUCAUCUGCCGGGAAGGAUCAGCCAUACAAACGUUUUGCGCACCGGGAUUGUAUUGGGAUGUGCCUAACCAACGCUGCGAUGUAAAGGAGAACGUCAGCUGUCCUUUGUAUUGA